AUGUCUUCAAAAACUGCCAUUGGUCGAUUGAAAAGGAUUCCAGCAGUGCAGAAGCAGUUCAAUGUGUUCACCAGUAUUAAUUCAGAUGCGGAAGAAAGCUUGAAAAAUAACAGCGAGAAAGCGGUAAAACCUCUAGGUAAUUUGCUUUGCGGGAUUAAGGAUAACAUCGUUACGCGGAGAUUGCCCACUUCCUGUGGAUCGAAACUUUUAGAGAAUUAUAUUUCACCCUUUGAUUCCACGGUUGUGCAGCUUCUCGAGUAUGCAGGAGCUGUAAAUGUGGGAAAAACAAACCUGGAUGAAUUCGGAAUGGGUUCUGGUGGAACUAAUUCAUGCUUUGGUGCUACUACGAACCCUCUCUUUCCUGAUGAAAGCAUCGUGGUCGGUGGCUCUUCAUCUGGGUCUGCAGCAGCGGUUGCUGCUGACGUCGUGGACUUUUCCAUAGGAACUGACACUGGUGGCUCUGUAAGACUUCCGGCAGCAUAUGCAUCUGUCCUGGGUUUUAAACCAUCUUAUGGUAGAAUUUCUAGACAUGGCGUGGUCGCGUACGCACAAAGUCUUGACACAGUUGGAAUCAUGGCUAAAAGCGUUAAUACGUUAGAGAAAGUCUUUAAAGUUCUUGAUAUGCCCGAUGAAAAAGAUCCCACAUGUCUUAACAAGGCCUUACGCUCUAAGUUGUCGGCCAUCACAAAAGCAAAGUCCAAGCUCAGGAUAGGCAUACCGAAAGAAUUCACGCCUAUGGGAGUUUCUCAGGACUUACGGGCUGAAUACCUAGCUGUCAUUCAAAGGCUUGAAGCAAGGGGUCAUGAAAUUUAUCCAGUAUCGAUUCCUAACAUCAAAAACGCUUUGCCUGUCUAUUAUACAUUAGCUCCUGCAGAGGCUGUUUCAAACCUUUCCAGAUAUGAUGGUCUAAGAUAUGGAAACAGAGACAGGGAAAAGGAUUCCAGUGACAACACUUUGUUUGCGCCUUCAAGGGCCGCCUUUGGGCAAGAAGUAAAGAACAGAAUUGUUCUUGGAAACUAUAAUCUAUCCUCAGAGUCAUUCAACAAUCACUACAUCAAAGCUCAAAAACUUCGUGUCGAACUCAUUAAUGAAUUUGAUGACAUAUUUGCGCUGCCGAACAUUUUGACUGGAUCGCAAGGCAUUGAGAAUGGCAUUGACAUACUAUUGUCAUUAUCUGCCAUUAGUACACCCAUUACCACCUCCGAGUACGAUUCAGAGAAUACAGAUAACCCUAUUACAUCAUAUAUUAAUGACAUUUUCACGACACCUGCAUCAUUGGCCGGCCUACCAGCAAUUUCAGUACCAGGAGGCAAUUUAAAGGCAGUAGGUGUUCAGAUAAUGGGUCAAUUCGGAGAUGAUCUUACAGUAUUAAACGCGGCAAGAGAAAUUCUGUAG